UGACGGAUGGGUGAUUGGUACAAUGGUAGCACCUGUUGACCAUGACGUCACUGCCGCGCAGACUCAGGCUGUAGCUGGAGGCUUUACGGUCUUGUUUCAUUGCACAUUCAGGAAACGAAGUGUCGAAAUAAUGUUGACAUUUUGUUUUAUAUGCGGAGCUGUGUUGUUUCCUGGACUUUUCUACACGUUCAUUAAAUUACUAAAAGCGAGGGUGGGACUCUCGAGUGACGCCGACGCGUGUUCGGUCAGCGAGAGACUGGUGUCUGCCGUUCACGCUACUUUGGCCACAGCGGUUGGAGUAACGGUGGUGACGUCAUGCAGUGAUGUCAUGACUGACAGUCACUGGCUGGUCAACGGGUUUGUCGUGUUUGGGGCUCCGUAUAUGGCCUACGACAUCUACGCCAUGUAUCUGACCCACUUUUACACUCAGAGGGACAAAAGUGCCGAAGGUGCCCACAGCAGACACUCUCUUCACACGGUGAGAGCUUUUCUGCUCAGAGAAUGGAUGCUGGUCCUGCAUCACCUGGUGCUGCUCGUUGUGUUCUUGCCUGUAGUUCUGUUCUUAAGAAGAGGUCUGGGCGACUUUUUCAUUGGCUGCUUCUUCAUCACAGAGCUCAGCACUCCAUUCAUCUGUCUAGGAAAGAUCCUCAUUCAGCUGGGUCUGGACAACAGCAGGCUGCACAGAAUCAACGGCGUAAUCGUCCUCCUCACUUUCUUCACCUGUCGGAUCUUGGUCUUUCCCUUCAUGUACUGGAUGUAUGGUCGACAGUUCAGGAUUCCCCUGCACAGAGUGCCCUUUGUCCUGCCUCUGCAUUGCAAUGUGUGUAACCUGGUGAUACUGGUGCCACAGAUUUACUGGUUUAUCCUGUUGCUGAAGAAAGCCAGGAGGCUGUACCUGAGAGGACAGAAGAGGAGGACAGCAGACACAAACACACAGGACAAGAUGGACUGAACGUUUUUGCUUUUUCCUUAAACUGUCUUUGAAGUUGCACUGUUUUUUUUAAAUUAACGUGAAAAAAGGGUACUUUAAAGUUUGGUUGUAUGGAGUAGUUUGACGUGCUACGCAACAAAACAUAGCUACCAGUAGGAGGCAAUAGAAACAACUACACAGCCUAAUAAAAUUUACACCAUUUUAACUAAUGGUUACUGUGAUUGUGCUUCUAGCUUUAUCUUGCCGUUUGUAACCAUAUUCUUGUUUGUUUUUGUUUGUUUUUUGACUAAAAGUCAGUCAUUUUGUAAGAAGUGACUGAAUUGCACUAAAUUGAUGUUUCUUCACUGUUUUGCAGACAGUUUUUUUAUACAGUUGCACUAUUUUCAAUAAAACUAAUCGGCAUCAAGUUUUAUUGUGUGUAAUUAAUUUGGUAAAACACCAGGAAGUAAUUACAGAAAUAUUUUCUGGGGAAUUGUCUCUUUAUUUAAACAAAUUUGUACAGAGUGUCAUUUUUACAGCACAGUAACAAACUGAACAAACGUUCCUUUAACAGCAGGCUACUGAAAUGUUCAACCUCAAGCUUAGACAUCAGGACAUCUGAAGUUCGACUGUGGACGACACGUGAACUCAGUGAGCCUCCACAGCCACAACAAGCUGAGCGAUCUUCUGCUGCAGCACCACCUUCAUCUCCUGGUUCUCCAGAUUGUCUGUGAU